AUGAACUGUAUUGUAGAUGCCGAAUCAGUGCCUAAAAUUCUGCUAGUUCUGGCGGGUGAUUCUGACACGCUAGAAACUAUUCAUCAAGCGAUAGAAAACAACACGCCCAUUAUCGUUGUGAAGAACUCUGGCGGGGUAGCGGAUAUCCUCGCGUACGCUUAUCUCAAUGCAGAGGAAAUGGAAAUUGAAGAAACGGACCCUGCUGGAAAAAAGCACAAUAAGAUAUGUCGGUACCUCGAGGAAUCUGUGAAACAGACGGUUGCGGAUAUGAUAAAAGAGGAAUUCGGCGAAAACGACACGGUGAUGCAACGCAAAUGUGCCUGCGUCAUUGAUUACGAGCUCAUUUCCGUGUAUGACAUGGAAGGGCCGGGCAGUGUUAAGGAUAUUGAUAUUUUCCAGGUUCUAACGAAAGGCAACACGUACCAAGUGAAAGACCAAUUAAAGCUAGCCCUGUGCUGGAACAGAAUUGAUGUGGCAAGGAGCGUCAUCAUCAACAAUGGCAAUAAAUUGCCGACGAAGGAACUGUAUCAAGUAAUGAUCUCGGCAAUACUACAAAACCGGGUGGACUUUGUUAAACUUUUCAUUCACAACGGUAUGGACCUAAGGACGGACCUUACAGAUCAAGAGAUUCAGCGUCUGUACAAAACGGUCCGUGUUAGAGGAAACCAUGGAGUAUCGGUGAUUCAUGACGUAAUUCCUGACACUUAUGAAAUAGGAUAUGAGUUCAUACGAAUUGACAAGAAUGUUCAGUUCCUGUUUAUUUGGUCGAUAUUGAUGAAAUAUCAAGACAUGGCGAAGCUGUGCUGGACUGAAGGAAAGGUUAGAUAG